CACAGUUCCGCGCUUAUCAUCACAGUCACGUGAAGCCAAUCGGGAAGUGAAACAUGGCGUCAGUGUUCGGCGGCGUAGAAGGUGGCGGUACCCACUCCAAGGCAGUGUUGGUGGCAGGAGAUGGGACCAUCUUGGCAGAGACAGAGGGACCCUCCACCAACCACUGGUUGGUCGGGGUGGACACUUGUAUCCAAACCAUCAAUGAAAUGAUCCAGAGAGCCAAGAUGGAGGCAGGGCUGGAUCCAAACACGCCACUGCGCUCACUGGGCAUGUCUCUGAGCGGGGGAGACCAGAAGGAUGCCAUCGAUAAACUCAUCGCUCACAUGAAAGACCGCUUCCCAAGCCUAAGCCAACAUUAUCUCAUCGCAAAUGAUGCUAUUGGUGCCAUGGCAACUGCUACUGAUCGCGGAGGCAUGGUCUUGAUAUCGGGUACUGGCUCCAACUGCAAGUUGAUUAAUCCGGACGGAUCCCAGGUUGGCUGUGGUGGCUGGGGUCACAUGAUGGGGGAUGAAGGAUCUGCAUUCUGGAUUUCUCAUUUGGCUGUAAAGACGGUGUUUGAUGCCCAAGACAAGCUGGCCGUUCCGCCUCAUGACGUUACAUACGUGAAAAAAGCCAUGCAGGAGUAUUUCCAGGUGUCUAAUCUAAUGGCCAUGCUGCCGUAUCUCUACACGAACUUCCAGAAGCCCCAUUUUGCUGGUUUCUGCAAGAAGCUAGCUGAAGGUGCAGAAGCCGGGGAUGCUCUCUGUCGACAUGUCUUCACCCAAGCUGGGAGAAUGCUCGCCAAACACGUGCAGGCGGUCUUACCUGCUGCACAGGAGCCUCUACUAACCGGUGACCUCGGCGUACCCAUUCUGUGCGUUGGCUCAGUGUGGAAGAGCUGGGAGCUUUUAAAACCAGGUUUCAUCGAGGUCUUGGACAAGGUGGCAUCAUCAGAUGAAUUCAAGGGCCGUUUCCGUGGCUACAGCCUCAUGAUGUUGCAACAGUCUUCAGCUCUCGGGGGUGCAUGUCUUGGAGCUCAGAGUUUGGGUGACGUCUUAAAAAUGGAUUACGCAGCCAACGCUGCCGUCUUCUACCAUCACUCCUUCAGUAGCAAGCAGAAGGAUUUGGGAAUCACCAGUUAAAACCACAGCUUGUUUACCUGCAGGUUUUGAUUAUGGUUUUUGUCAAUGAAGAUCUUUGCCUAUUUGAAUUUUAAAUGUCAUAAGUAUGAGAUGCCCAUUACGCAUUGUAGUUGUCAACAUUCCCAUUUGAAUAUAUGGAAAAUUCUCGAGGCAAGGCAUACUUGCAAGACUUGAGCAUCACCCACGUGGUACCUGCAGUGAUGAGGUGCAGGUUGCACUGUGCAACCAGCCAUGUUUUACUAGCACGGUCCUUCCUUUAUGCUGAGUUGUAUUAUGCUGAUGUUUACAGUGUUGCUGAGGCAGAGCGGACGACAGCAGCACCAGAGAGGAUUUUAUUUUCUUGGAAGUUAAUACCGAAAUGGGAGGAUGCCAAGAAAGGAGAGCUAAAUAUGGGAGUUUCCCAGGAAAAACGGGAGAAUCAUCAGGUAUGAUCUUGGUUGUAAGCUCUGUGAAUAGUGAGGUUCUACUGUACUGUACUGGUUGUCGUGCAGGUUAAAAAUGACCGAUUCUGGAUAAUGUGAUCUUUUGAGUGUUCUGAAAAUUGUACACUUUGAAAGAAUAUAUUUUUCCAUACUAAAUACAUACUUCAAAUGCAAAGUACUUGGGUAAAAAACGCCACAACAUUUGUCUUUAGCAUCUUUAUUCAUCUUUUUUCAUGACUUUUGUUGAUAAUGCAUACUCUGUGUCUUCUGGAUCACUUUCUUACUGCUUCUGCCAUUUAACUCAAAACAAUCACCAAAACUGAUUUGACGUUGCACAUCCACCUGGCGGACAAUCCAUUAGUUUCACUGGGGGGGUGGGCCACACAAGUAAGUUUUGCUUUGAGACACACGCAAAUUAAGAUUAGAUUUUACUUUUCUCCUAAAGUGCUCAAAUGUGAUAUUCCAUAAGUAAAAGUUAACGGAUUGGACUUUCUCACAUGUAUGUUCACUUAGCCAACUUUUUCUUACAACCCAAGCGAAACAGAAAAUGACAGUGGCUCCAGAGAACUUCCUCAUACACAUAGACCAUCAGUCCGCUGUGUAAUGCUCUUAAACCAGGCGGACACUAGCCAUGCAUCAAUAUGGCCCCCCCCAUACACAUCUCUCUACAUUUACAGGCCGCUGAACCCAGUAGACACAGAAUGCCUCCAUCCUCGGAACAUGAAGCAAACACAAAGAAAACAAGAGGAGAGGCUACUGUAUUUCAAAACCUGAUAACGGAUGCUCGUUGCGAUGCUGGACAAUUUGGCAAUGGCUGUGUUCCACACCAAACGCUGGAUUUCCAUGUAAUUGGCAAUCUUUUGAGUUGAUCUGUCGAGAGAAGCGUGAACUAUUUGGUUUGGAAUUGAGCUAUUGCAGUAUACGGACAUCCUACAUCCUGCGGAUGCAGAGUACCUGUGAUGAUAUCACGGGUUUGAACGGAUCGGACUGUGAGAGCUACACAGAGCAGCAUGACAUCCACCACUUCCCCCGGAAGUAGAAGUCACUCUGGAACCUUGUUGGUAUGGAAAGCCUUCUAGUUUCAUUUAACGGAUUAUUUUUUUUCCCCAAUUUUAUGGAGCACAAAAUGCAUGCAUCGAUUCUCAAAUGUAUUACUUUUUUUGGGGGGGUGCAUUUGCUUAAGUGUGGUAUCACUCCAUGGUAGCUGCCUUGGUUCCUGGGGGGGAUGGUUGCUGGGCGUCUGCAUGCUCUGUGCAGCUUUGACAUGUGGCCUGAAAUGAUGCGCUUAGCGCUCACUGUAGGACCGGACUGGUGUUAGACCCCUCCCCCACCCCGUUCCCAAAUGUCCCUCAGUUUACAAGAAACAAACAGGAAAUAAAAAGAAAAAAAAACAGAAAAACAAAUCCCCCCACCCCCCAACUGGGCCUGCCCACACAAUGGUACUGCAAGUGUGUGUGUGUGUGUGUGUAUCAGUGUGUGCACUCGUGGCCGCCAGAGUCUCUGAGAAAAGGUGAGGACUGGUUGUGUGUGUGUGUGUGUGUGUGUGUGUGUAGGCGCCAUGGGGGUGAGGGGGACUCCUAGUAUUUCUUCCCCGGGACAAACUCCUUCGCUUCAGGAUUCAAAACGCUCUUCCUCUGCAGGAACACACAAAAGGAAAAACAUUCUUUUCUGGGAUGGACUCCAGGUGUACUACAUGCAUGUUUCCCCCCCCCUUCCCCUUAAACUCACCGCCACUUCCUCCAGGUUGCUGUUGUGUUCGCUGACAGACAGGCCGUUGAGCUGCUGCUGCAGUUGCUCCACCCCCUGGUUGUUGAGGUCACGCGACGGGAUGAACCAGUGCUGGUCCUCCUCUUCCAGCAUUUCCUGGAAGCAGCGCUCCAGGAACUCCUGCUCCAACAGCUCCUCCUCCACCUGAAGAAGAGGAGACGACACGACGAUGAAGCACAUCAAAGGCAGACAGGUGUGUAUUCAUUGCGCCGCGCAUGCUAGCACAAACCUGUCUGUUAUACUCCUCCUCGUUCUCCAUCCACAUGUAUUCGGCAAAGGGGUUGGCGUCGUUGGCAUCGCCCGCAUGCCCAUUAGCCACUGGCUCCUUGCCCUCUUUCCCUGGAGCGCCACCUCCUGGUGUCUUGGCCACCUCAGGACCACUCAUCUCAGCCGGUUC